CAAAGCCGCCGGGGGCGCGGAGACCCGGCAUCUGCCGAGCAGCCUCCGGACCCGCCGAUCCGCCGAGGCUUUCGUGUCCGGCGCCCGUCGAGCCGCCGCGUCCGUGUCCCCCGCGCCCCGCCGCUGCCGCCCCAAACUUUGGCCAGUGCCACCCAGGCUCCGCGCCAGGGACCAGCCAGGGGUUUUCAAGAUGAAUUAUACCGAGUCCAGCCCAUUGGCAGAAUCACCUGCAAUAGGUUUUACACCUGAGUUAGAAAGUAUCAUACCUGUGCCUUCCAAUGGGACUUCUUGUGAAAACUGGAGAGAGAUACAUCAUCUAGUUUUUCAUAUAGCAAAUAUUUUUUUUGCAGUUGGGUUGGUUAUUCCAACUACUCUUCACCUUCAUAUGAUACUUCUUAGGGGGAUGUUAACUAUAGGAUGUACCCUUUAUAUCGUCUGGGCCACUCUCUACCGAUGUGCCUUGGAUAUCAUGAUCUGGAACUCUGUGUUCCUGGGGAUCAACAUUUUGCAUCUUUCGUAUCUUUUGUACAAGAAAAGACCGGUAAAGAUCGAAAAGGAACUCAAAGGCAUCUACCAGCGAUUGUUUGAACCACUCCAUGUGCCUCCAGAUUUGUUCAGAAGAUUAACCGGACAGUUUUGCAUGAUCCAAACGUUGAAAAAGGGCCAGACCUAUGCUGCAGAGGAUAAAACCUCAGUUGACGACCGCCUGAGUAUUCUCCUGAAGGGAAAAAUGAAGGUCUCCUAUCGAGGACAUUUUCUGCAUAACAUUUACCCCUGUGCCUUUAUAGAUUCUCCUGAAUUUAGAUCAACCCAGAUGCACAAAGGUGAAAAAUUCCAGGUCACCAUUAUUGCGGAUGAUAACUGCAGAUUUUUAUGCUGGUCGAGAGAAAGAUUAACUUACUUUCUGGAAUCAGAACCUUUCCUGUAUGAAAUAUUUAGGUAUCUUAUAGGAAAAGACAUUACAAAUAAGCUCUACUCAUUGAAUGAUCCGACCCUAAAUGAUAAAACCAUCAAAAAGUUGGACCACCAGCUCAGCCUUUGCACGCAGCUCUCCAUGCUGGAAAUGAGGAACAGCAUAGUCAGCUCCAGUGACAGCGAAGACGGCUUACACCAGUUUCUUCGGAGCACCUCCAGCAUGUCCUCUCUUCAUGUGUCAUCCCCCCACCAGCGAUCCUCCGCCAAGAUGAAACCAAUAGAAGAAGGGGUGGAAGAUGACGACGAGGUCUUUGAACCCGCGUCUCCAAAUACAUUUAAAGUUCGUCAGUUGCCUUGAUUCCCAAGAGAGGAUUCAAGUUACCAGGAUGGGAACUGUCUUGAAGAGAUCCUGAAAAAUACCAGCAGUUUUUCAUUGCUUUUAGAUUUUUCUGCUUUAGUACCUUCAGCCUGUAGAGUCUGAGGGUGGGAAAGCGAGGGAGAUUCCAAAACGGAAGGUUAUCUUUGUUCUCGUUUUACUAGUCAGCUUUUUGUUUUACUGAGCCCUCUGACUAAACCUAGUGCUAUUUUGAGAGAGAGAUUUUCACAGUACUUUCUACAUGUGUUCUCCUUGAACUUAAAAACAUCGUAGUGCUCCGUCACUGCAGAUGCCUCCACUCGUCUUUCCGAGCUGUUGCUCAUGGUCCUCAGAGACAGCUUUUCUUCUAUGGGGUUGUCCAUUUGAGAGUUUUAACAACCAGUGUAAGUUUGAAACUGAGGCUAAGGGAACACUAAAAAGCAAGGCAUCUCAGGCUUUGUUCUGCUGAUGUUUUGGAUGGAAAAUUUUAAAGACAGACACGAUGUGACUUGUGUGUAUUUUUCUCUUAGGCCUGACGCGUCUCUCCCCCGGGCCACCUCACGUCCGUGGGCAGAGCGGAGACACUUCCUAACGAACAGACCCCUCAGACCUGCCCACACCACCCGGGUACGGUGCUGUUUAUAAGCGGGGCUGAAACCUGGAGCAGAGAGAGAACGGCGGGAAGCAGUUCUGAGCUGGGUGUCUGCCUGGGGCUGAGCCCGCUCAGCUCGGCCCAGGCUCUGCUGGGGGGAGCACGUUCCUUGGGGUCAGGAGGACCAGUGAGUCAAGUAGGCCAAACAGGUGUCACAGAGUGACUGACUGACAGAGCCGCUGCCUUCUUUAGUCACUAUCCUGACGUUUUAGGCUGUUUCCCCAGGGCCACAGAGUUCUCCUUAGGACCUGUGCAGGACACCAGUACCAGGGCUGUGGGUGUGGACACAGUUGUGGGGCAGACGGGUCACCACAGGCCCCACCAUGGGCACCCAACCUAGACAGUGCUGUGUGGGCCUAGAUUCCAGGUCCCUCUUUUCUACUGGAGUCGUGUUUCAGGAAAGGGUGGUUGGUACUGGGGAAAUGAGAAGAUGUGCUUCAGUCAUCAGGAGGGCGAGUGUGGCUGUGACCCCUGGCCAAGCCACUCGCCGGGGGGAAGCCCACUGAAUGGCGGCCCCGCAUCAUUCCCCACUGACCUUGAUUUUGUGUCAUCCGCUGGAACCGACUUUGAGUCAGUCCCCUGUUAUAAAUAGCCAAGAAAAGUUCCAAAUGAAAUUAUUUUCAGGUGAGCUGAGCCAGAAGCAUCUUUUGCCAAGAGGUGAUUUCUGUUAGAGAUGAUAUAAAAAUAAGCUAUUCUAGGGUCACCUCAUUUCCUCAUUUUUUAAGCCAGUUAUUUUAGUAAUUUCUCUUGAGUUAAAUUUUCAUGCUUGGUCACUCACUGAGAAAAUUUCUGCAGAGUGGGUAUCCAGCUCCUAAUGUAUUUAUCAAAUGUUGGCUUUUUAACAUUACAGUAGAAAGGCUGAUUUCACUUUACUGCUAUAGUGGUGUCUUCUGUUUGCUAAAGUAGGAAUUUAUUUUGGGGGAAUGAAACAAAGGUGAAUGUCUUUGUCUGGCUUUAAUUGUAAAGAUGCAGUGGGUUGAACUAUCUCCUCCUGUGCCUGAAUCACGUGGAAAAUGUCGUGGGGUUAAUCCUUCUUUCCUUUACCUACUGGAGAGAGGUCAUGCAGGCCACUGAGUUUACACAUGCAGAAAACUAAUUUACAGAACCACUCUACAGAGUAAUUCGACACUACGUCCUUCUCUGAGUAGAAAGUACUUUUAGAUUCUGCAGUAGCCAUGUUUUUAAUGUUCUCCGAGUCCACAGAACCUUGGGGUGUCCUUACCCUGACCCACCUUCAGGCUUGUCUCACUUUGUCAACCUCAGACGGCAGGGGGGGUCACCUCUAAUGAUCAGCCUGCAUGUGUCUGGAGGUGGGAAACAUGAAGCUAUUCUUAAAUACAUCCCUCUAAGGGCGACAAGGUGACUCAGAGAAAAGAAGCCAAAGCCACUGAGAAGCCCCCCCCACUAGACUUGAUAGCAAAGAAGCAGAUAAAAGAUUGCCGAUGGAUGACUUUACAAAUGAACAAGUGUAUCUUUGUAUAACGCACAGAUAAAAACACAUUUGCUGCCAAAGUCACCAAUAAGAUGCUUUCUGUGUUUUUUGGCAUUCACCUAGGUUGUCACCAGGUUCAGAAAAUAGUCUGCAAAAAUUACCCUACUAUAUAUUACCCCAAAUCUACUAUGUUGAAAUGUAACAUCAAGUCCAUUGUAUGAAUCUGGAAUGUAACAUUUAUAACAGAAUGUAUGUGUCAUUUAUAAUAUUUUGAAAGCCCUCAUACUUAUAUUUAUAAAAUAAUAGCACAGACCCUAUGUAGACCCACUAUGAUGUUCAUAGAUCUUAAAUUAGUAAUAAUGGGUGCUAUAUAGUUAUUUUCUGUUGCCACCCUUGGCUUUCUGGGAUCUUUUCCGUUUUCCCCUGUGGUUCAAUUUCACUUUAAGCAUUGGGCACCUUUGUGCUUUGCUGCCAAAAGCCUGCUGUGCCCUCUGGGAGACGUCACCUCCUUGGUGUCUGGUUCUCCUUCGUGUCUGGUUCUGCCCGAAGUUCUUCUGAUUUCAUAACUUGGAAGCUACUGACUCCUGCCUCCCAGGUCCUAUCAUGGCCCCAAAGACAGUCACUUGGAUGCUGAUGCUGGAAAAAAUCUAUAGGGAAGUUGAUGUAACCUACACACUCUGCCCUGUCCCCAGUGCACCCCAGUGAUGACCGUGCCCUCCAGUGAAGAUUUCAGGCUAGUGUGUGGUUGGUACCCAGCCAGUCCCGACCCUGGGGCUUGGUGCCCCUCCUCCCUGCAGACCCAGGAGUGCAGCUCCAAGGAUUUGCUGCCAUUAUUUAAUCCUUGGUAACUUCUAAAGCUGCUCUGCAGAAAGCAUGGACCCUGCUAUGCCUCAGUUUCUCCUCCCUCCCCUCUUUCCAACCCUGGUUUCCCAACCUCUUUCCCUGCUUAUCCCCAACUAGAGUGAUUAGGAAUUCCCACCCACUCAAUUCAACCUCAAGGAUGUGAAGAGACAGGACACAGCACAGGAGCUCGAGGGUGCCGGCACCCAUGACGCGUUUUCUUACCGUUGGUGCCCGUGCUUUGAUCGUCACAGAACCCUCAAACACCUGUGUGUAAAAACACCUUGUAAGCAAAAUUUAAGAAACCUGCUUGAAGUACUAUUUACAAGUUUUUUCCAUUAUACUUGCAACCUAGUUUUAAAGUACACAAGGAUUUUGUGAAUGGUUUAUACAGACACGAUUUAUAGGAAACUCAUCCUUCCUGCUUUUAGGUGCCAUUUACGUGGAUAGCAUUUUACUUUAUAAUAAAUUUACAUUUUGUCUGAAUAGAGCUUUCUUGUUUAAAAUCUCUUCAUAUAUCGUCAUUUGAGCAAA